GGCAUAAAGCAGAUUGAUCAUUUUGGUUUUAUAUGUCGGGAAUCCAGCGAACCUGGAAUAAGCCAGUAUGCUUGCUAUGUCUUCCAGUGUGCGAGCGAAUCUCUGGUGGAUGAGAUCAUGCUGACUCUGAAGCAAGCCUUUAGCACAGCAGCUGCCCUGCAGAAUGCCAAGACCCAGAUUAAACUGUGCGAGGCCUGCCCGAUGCACUCCCUCCACAAGCUGUGCGAAAGGAUCGAAGGACUUUAUCCGCCAAGAGCCAAGCUUGUAAUUCAGAGGCACCUGUCCUCUCUCAGUGACAACGAGCAGGCGGACAUCUUUGAGCGUGUUCAGAAAAUGAAGCCGGUUAGUGACCAGGAAGAAAACGAGCUGCUGAUUUUCCACCUGCGGCAGUUGUGCGAGGCGAAGCAAAAGACCCACAUACACAUUGAUGAGACCCCCAUGGUGAGCUUCUCCGUCUUCUCUUAUCUUCUCGGGAGUUCCAAAAGAGGCCCGGGAACUCCUUCAGCGAUUCCAUUCUCCUCACAAUUCCCUCUCUGUGGCUGCUCCGGCCCUCUGGAACAAUCUCCCCCUUUUGGAGCCAGCCGCAUGCGUGGUCGUCUGGGGAGCACGGAGAGCUUUGAAAGGUGCAACCACCUGACUUUCGACAAAGACUGCUCCUCUGGGGACUCCCCACCCUCCACACCUCCGGCGUCUCCCGUUGCCUUGGCCGGACACCCGUUUCCCGAAGAGGACUCUGAUUCUCCUCAGUUUAGGAGACGCGCGCAUACUUUCAGCCACCCGCCCUCCGCCUCCAAGAAGAGGAUCACUUUCCAGAAUGGAAGGUCUCAAAGUGUCCGGUCGCCCCUCAUGAGGCAAAACUCAGCCGAACAGAGCAGGCUGGCAUUUGCCCGACGUACCCGCAGUGAGAGUGAAUCUUCGGUGCUGCCCAGUCUCCCUUCUUCUUUCUCUGCCCCUUCUUUCUUGAAAAGCUUGUACCAGAGCUCUGGGAAGCCGGCUUCUCCACCUGAAGGUGAUCCCCCCAGGAGCGAUGUGGAGAAAAGGAAGAGGACUUCCUCCGUGUGCAGCAGUGACUCUCUAAAUGCUGGUGGUAUCACCCUGGCCCCCCGUCGGAUCUCCUGGCGGCAGAGGAUCUUCCUAAGGGUGGCAUCCCCCAUGAAGAAGUCUCCUUCGGCCAUGCAGCUUGAAGGUAUUGUGAACGUAUCAACGUACUGUAGCUGUUUAUCUGAAGAUGCUUCAUGGGUCUUUUCUUUUGCAGCGAGCAGAGACGAGCUCCAAUCCAGGAAAAUUAAGCUGGACUAUGAGGAAGUUGGAACCUGUCAGAAGGAUGCCAUUAACAUCUGGGACAAGAAACUGUUGAAUUGCAGAGCCAAGAUCAGAUGUGAUGUGGAAGACAUUCAUACCACCCUGAAAAGUGGUGUCCCCAAAAGCCGCCGGGGAGAAAUUUGGCAAUUUCUGGCCGUGCAGCACCGCGUCAGACACCGGCUCCCAAAUAAGCAACAGCCUCCCGACAUCUCCUACAAAGAUCUCUUGAAGCAGCUGACAACACAGCAGCAUGCCAUCCUGGUGGACCUGGAUCCAGAUGUACCAGCUGUCAAGGCUGCUUCAUGAUUAUCACCGGGAUCUUGACCACCAUCUGGAAGAAAACGAUAUCAGCCCGAGCCUUUAUGCUGCACCCUGGUUUCUCACUUUAUUUGCCUCGCAAUUUCCCCUGGGAUUCGUAGCCAGAAUCUUUGAUAUCAUUUUCCUUCAAGGUACAGAAGUCAUAUUUAAGGUAGCACUAUGCCUGCUUAGCACCCAGGAGGAGAGCAUCAUGUCGUGUGAGACAUUUGAAGGCAUUGUUGAGUUUCUUAAGAACACUCUGCCAGACAUGUCACAGCCCCAGAUGGAGAAGAUAAUGGCCCAGGUAUUUGAGAUGGACAUUUCCAAACAGCUUCAUGCCUACGAGGUGGAGUACCAUGUUCUGCAGGACGAAUUGCAAGAGAACCUGAGCCCUUGUGAGGAGAUUGAAGCUUCAGAGAAACUUGAAAGGGCCAACAGUCAGCUGAAGAGGCAGAAUAUGGACCUCUUAGAGAAACUUCAGAUAGCCCAUUCUAAGAUCCAAGGCGUGGAGGCCAACUUGGAAGAGGCCCUGAGGAGGGAGACCCAGAUGAUGAUUUUAAUCCAGUCCCUGGAAGAGGAAAAGGUUCUAUACCAGAAGACCUUGGAGAAGAUCUGCAGCUACCUGCCCCAAGAGGCCCUGUCUGACUGUGAAGAGCUGCUGAAAGAAGUCAACUGUCAUCCAAACAAAUUCUAGAAGGAAGCCAUAAAUGAGGGAGAGGACGCAAUGGGGAAAAAAGAGAGAGAGAGAGAGAGAAUAUGGUUUCUCAUAGAUGGAAACAAAGAAACAGGCCAGGCCACUGCUGGAAGGGAGAUCCACCUCAUCUCACAAGAUUCUACAAGUAGCAGCCGCAGUAGCGAAAAGGCCUUUUUUUCAACCUCAAUAUGCAAAUCCCAAGUUCAUGUCUUCUUCUUUUUUUAUAUAACGCAUGUACAUAAUUUGCAGUGCACAGAACAAAAGACGGGAUCGAAUGAAGAAGGUCAGGUGUACAUUUAGGGCUGAUCGAAACGGGGAAAACCGGUGGAAUUUGAGACUGCUUGUAACUUAAACAUGGGAGACUCUACCUUCCCACAGCCAAGGAAGGCAACGGGGUCUUUUCUACACACUGAUCAACACUUGAAAAACUAAAAAUAAAAAGCAAGAAUGUAUUUACACCUCCAAAAAGCAGCACAGGUCCCAGCUGAGGGGUGGGCUGAGGGGUGGGAUGGGGGGUGCUGUGCAUGUCUGCUACAUGUUGGGGGUCCAUUUCUAAAGUUCCUCAGGGAACUUUAUCUCUGGUCCUUCCUUUGCGCUGGGAACAGUUGUGCUCCAGCGGACACACAACUGGCCUCUCCUCCUGUCCCCUUCAGGGAGAGCUAGUGAUGAAAAGUUGAUGAAAAGUCACCCAUUCCCUAUCCUGAAAAGCAAAGAAGACCUAUCAGGGACCCCCUUUCACUCCCCCUUCCUUGUGAGACAGAGAACGAAAACAAUGAGUGUUUAAGGUGUGGCUGGGGCGGGAGUGUGUCAGAACGCAGGUAGGACUUUCCAAGCAAGCUCCUCUCCUGGGGAAAGUUGCCUGAAAUGCUUGGGAUCAACUCCUUUCCUAUGACUUGCAGGAAUUCGUUGGGUUGAGUGUUAUCUUAGCCCCUUGUAGAUUCUUCAUGCUCUUGAGAUUUAGUUGUGCCACGGUCCGCCCUGUCACUUCAGCAAUGGCUCAGAGAUGCUAUGGAGCACUACAAGUCCUGAGAGGCUUAAAUAGGAUAGAUGGGAUGUCCUUCAGCUGAAUGCCAAAUCCUGAAGCCCGAUUCCACUUGGCCAAGGAGAAAUCCUUGUAAGAUCUUCCUACUUCCUCAAUUCUCUAGCUUUUUUCCUCUUCAAAAGUUAGUAUUUCUUCCACAGGGAAGAUCCCAUAAACCUUCAACGUUGCACCUGCAACGGAAGAACAAAUAGGUGGUCACCGAAUUUAACGCCAAGGGGAGUGGCUACCCCUAUGUGGUAGUUUGUACAUUUCAGCAUAACAUGUCUGUAUCCUCCUCUUCUUUUUUUAAGAAGCAUUAAGAAGCAGAGAUUCGGCUUCUUGAAAAUCUAGCAAUUUCUGGAUGGCGUUGAUUGUUUUUAUUAUUCUUAUUAUCAUCAACAUCAUUUUUUGCUGCUGUGCCUAUUUCUUAAGUACGUUUUUCUGGGAUUUUUUUUUUUUGGGGGGGGAAGCUAUUUCUGCCAUGCAGACCAGGCACUCAAAUUAACGUUUGAUCUAUCAAAAGGAUGAAAAUAGCAAUCAGCCAACACAAGAAAUAUAUUUUGGAACGUGUUGUGUCGUUUCCCCGCCCCCACACAUUGGGAACGACUUGUCGUGUUUCUCCAGCUGCUUUCUCUAAAAUUGUGCCAAAUUCAGCCAAGUGUCUUCCUUGUCCAAGAAACAGGUGUGGGUGACAGUGCUUCCAUUGCCACAUGCCUUGCGUUAUGCAAAGAACAAGCAAAACCAAGGAGAACACAGUCGGCAUUCUCCUCCUCCUGCUGCUGCGUAAGUCCAACCCGCCUCCCCCCCCUUUUUUAAAAAAAAUCCUGAUCAUAUAAUUUCUUAGUUUUCCUGGGCAACGUCCCAAAGGAAAAGCCAAAAUGCAUGACAGGACACUGCCCUAAUUUCAGCUUUUUGCACGGGAGAUUUCCCAAAAAAUUGUGUGUCUGGCGUUAUUUUCUCGCUGCUUCUUAUCAAAUCAACAGAAUCGCACCAAAACCGGCAGAGUUGCAGAAACAUCACACUUUCGGAAGCAAAAAAAGUGCUGUUUCUUUGCAAUUUCAUUGGGCGGGGCGCACCUUGUGCCUGGAGAAGCAGCCCCCGAGAAUUGGAUGCCGGUGGUCUUGCGUUAUGACAGCACACGAGACUUUUUAUUUUUUUUAAAAAAUCACAACAUUUCACGCUAUGUUGGUUUCACUGACUUGUUCAUGUUGUCACAUGGAAGAUUUCCAAUAAAUUGCCAUUGCUGCA